AUGCCAUCUUCUCGUAAAGUCUUGGUGUUUGGUUCGAUAAACAUCGAUGAUUUUUUUGACGUGCCUCACAUUGUAAAUUCUGGCGAGACAUUAACCAGUACUAAUUAUCGACAGCGUGCUGGUGGAAAAGGUGCUAAUCAAGCAGUCGCUUUAGCAAAGGCAGGUGCUAAUGUUUAUCACGCCGGGAAAAUCGGUAGUGAUGGAAUUUGGAUAAAAGAUUACAUGCGAAAGCAAGGAGUUCACGUCGAGAAUAUUCAAGUGCAUAAAGAUCAACCAACAGGGCGUGCCAUAGUUCAAGUCUCAGCUGAGACACACGAUAACGCGAUUAUUCUUUUGCCGGGGGCUAAUAGUCUUAUAACGGUACAGGACGCGGAAAAAAUAAACCCAGUUUUUCGGCGAGGAGAUAUUGCCAUCUUACAAAAUGAGAUUAGUGCUGGCGGAGAGAUCAUGAAAGCAUUAAAGGAACAAGGGUUCAAUAUAAUAUUCAAUCCAACUCCAAUUACACCAAAUAUCAUUCGCGAAUUUCCUUUUGAACUUGUUGACUAUCUAAUAGUAAAUAAGCACGAGGCGAUUCAAUUAGCAAACCAAGCGACAUCAAAUCUUCACCGUGAUGACGAAGAUAACGAAGUACUAAAAAUGGAUACUUACGCCUCGACAAAAGAAUCUCUCAUUAAAACCCUUGGUGAAUUACAUCCAAAUAUAACUGGGAUAAUUCUUACACUCGGUAGUGAUGGAGUAAUUGCAAGAUUCAAUAAUCAUAAUUACAAUAUCGAAAGUGAAGGAAAACAAGGAGAUCGCAAUAUUGUUAAGCAACAGCGACACUUUAAACUUGAAGUUCCUGUAAUCGAGACCGAUGUGAUUGAUACCACAGCAGCCGGUGAUACAUUCAUUGGAUACUUUGUCGCCAGCAUUAUUCGCGAAGAGAAUACAAAUCGUGAUAGCUUUGUUCUCACUAAAGAAUGUUAUUUAAGAGCCUUGCAAGAGGCGACUGUUGCUGCUGGGAUUGCCGUGAGCAGACCUGGUGCGAUGGAUAGUAUUCCACCAUUGGCUAAAGUUAAAGCGGGAAUGAAAGUUUUUGAUGAACCUCCUAUGGAUUAUGUUGAAUAUGAAGAAGAUCUUGGUCCUCAACGAUCAACACUACUCUGUGACGAUUUACUUGAAAAACAUUUCACACUACAAAAUUGCGAUUCACCUGUGAUCGGCGAAAACUAUCAAAUUAUAAAACCUUAUUCUUGA